CCGUAGGUGAGGCCGGUUUGGAGCAGCACCUGCUUUCAGGGUGCAGUGGGCACGUUGGGGAGCACGGGGAGCCGGCUGCGGUUGUGCUGUCGGGUAACUGGGCGAGCGGCUUCGAGGGGGUGCUUAAAGCACCGCCAAGUCGGCUGAGCGUGACGCCAGGGUGCCCAGCCCUCGCGCGUGGCCGCCCCGCGGGGCGUCCGGACUGGGGGAGCCCUCGGCGUGGCUGACGGUUUCCUUGUUCGCGUCGUCCGCCGGCCUCCUCUCCCCUGGGACUGGAAAUGCUGUACCUGGUCGGCCUGGGCCUGGGAGACGCCAAGGACAUCACCGUCAAGGGCCUGGAGGUGGUGAGACGCUGCAGUCGCGUGUACCUGGAGGCCUACACCUCGGCCCUGCCCGUGGGCAGGGAAGCCCUGGAAGAGUUUUAUGGCAGAAAAUUGAUUCUCGCUGAUAGAGAAGAAGUGGAGCAAGAGGCAGAUAAUAUUUUAAAGGAUGCUGAUAUCAAUGAAGUUGCAUUCCUUGUGGUUGGUGAUCCAUUUGGGGCUACAACACACAGCGACCUUAUUCUGAGAGCAGCAAAGCGGGGAAUUCCGUAUCGAGUUAUUCACAAUGCCUCCAUCAUGAACGCUGUGGGCUGCUGUGGUUUACAGCUGUACAACUUUGGAGAGACGGUUUCUAUUGUUUUUUGGACAGACACUUGGAGACCAGAGAGUUUCUUUGACAAAGUGGAAAAGAACAGACAAAAUGGCAUGCAUACUUUAUGCUUACUAGAUAUCAAAGUAAAGGAGCAGUCUUUGGAAAAUCUAAUCAAGGGAAGGAAGAUCUAUGAGCCGCCUCGGUACAUGAGUGUGAACCAAGCAGCUCAGCAGCUUCUGGAGAUUGUCCACAACCGAAGAGCAGGAGGAGAAGAGCCAGCAAUCACUGAGGAGACAGUCUGUGUUGGUUUAGCCAGGGUCGGAGCUGAGGACCAGAAAAUUGCAGCGGGCACCUUACGGCAGAUGUGCACUGUGGACUUGGGAGGACCAUUGCACUCCUUGAUUAUCACGGGAGGCAGCAUGCAUCCGCUGGAGAUGGAGAUGCUAAGUCUGUUUUCCAUACCGGAGGAGAACUGACGGGCUCUGAACAUGACAUUUGCAGUGGUCGCAUAUAAUUUCAGUCGGCUAUAGAUGUACACAUAUUUGUGUGACGCAUGAAACAGGUCUUUUUGGUUUGUCUAAAAGUAAUAAUAACAAGUGACCAAAAAGAAAGGACUUGGCGACAAUGCGUGGUUUCCUGUGGCAGUGCAUUUUCCCGUGAUGUCAGCAGUUGUGUUGUUCUGACAACUUCCCAGGGAGGACCCACGUAGCAGAUCAAGCUGGGAAAACGUGUGGGUGGAUGUCCACAGACAGCGUCAUUUAAAAGCCUUUUUUUAUGAAAUCAGUUAAUACAGGGUAGUUGGUACAGAGUAUAACUUAAAGGUAACUAGAAUCUGAAUCACUUGAAUGUGAAUCACUUGUCCUAGUUUUAAAGGAUAAGAAAUAUAGCAAUGGCCCCAAAGGCAAAUGAAAGAUUGGUAACCAUUCAUAUAUUGUUUUUAUAAAUUUUUCCAUUAAAAAGUCAGCUGUCCUAACUACAAGGUGAAUUUUCCUGACAGAGCUGGUAUUAGAACUUGGAAACAGGUGAGAAGAAUGCAUUUCCACCUUACCCCACCGCUUAAAGCUCAGGAGCACAGGCUGCACAAGGAGUCUUCUGCACCGACUGUCUUGUCAGCUGACGUCCUAUGUGACUCACAUUCUGCUGUAUUCCGGAGAUUAUAUAAUGUUUAAUCGUAAGCGUUCCGCCAGCCAUGUAUAGCUGCUGUUUGGUUUUAAACAGCACCCUUCACAUCCACACAGACAAAUGGGAAACUUGCUGACAAAAUAAAAAGUUUUUAAAUUUUGGGUUGAAGGUAACAAUAGAUUGAUCAAACUUUGUCAUAUCGCUUGAUUCAGUUAUUCAUAUAUACAUGAGUUAAUUUCACUUUUACCACUUUUAAGGAACAUUAUAUGUUAUAAUCAUAGUUAUAAUAUUUUCUGUUAGUUUAGAAUAAAAAUAGCUUUGUUCCAUGCUAGUUCUGUUAGUCAGAUUGAGUAUUUCCAUGACCUAAUCAAUUUUACUUCUUUGCUUAGUACAUUCAUUAAAAGCUAAGAAAAAAUUUCCCUACUUCCUAGUAUAAUCGAUGAGCUAGAAAUUAUUUUGACUUGUUUCCGUUGGGAUGAAAGAUUUUGAAAUAACCCAUUUUCAGUUUGCUGGGCCCAUAAGUUCGGAGAACCACAAGCUUUUCAGUCCUGUAUUAUUGUCUUCUAAGGCCUUCAACAAACAUUAAAGAAUUGUACAACAGAA